GGGAGAGGGGCCGCGCCCUACGAGCUCGGUGAAUGACCUCUACCUCCACUCUGCUCGCCGUCAGCUCGGGAACUUGCACCCUCGCUCCCGGGGGGAGCACACAGGCACAGAUAAAUAUCAAGGCUUAUUGGUAGAAGAAGGAAAUUUUGAACAAGCAGAAAAAAGCCUUUGGGGUGUGCCAAGCACUGUGCUGAUCUCUGGAGAUACGGCUGUAACUGGGCUGAGUCCCGGCCCAUAUGGAGCCUACCUCCUGUGGGCUGAGAGGACAGAAUACACAUUAGCAAGUGCUGUGAAUGCUAGAAAGGACGUAACUUGAAGCUGAUGGACAUUGUAUGGGCCAGAGGCAGGGAUGGUCGGCUAUGACCCCAAAGCAGAUGGCAGGAAUAUCUCCAAUUUCGAGGUGGCAGUGGCUGGGUCUGUGUCUGGACUUGUCACUCGGGCAUUGAUCAGCCCCUUGGACAUCAUUAAGAUCCGUUUCCAGCUUCAGAUUGAGCGCCUGUCUUGUAGUGAUCCCAAUGCAAAAUACCACGGGAUCCUCCAGGCCGCGAGACAGAUUUUGCAGGAGGAGGGCCCAACAGCAUUCUGGAAAGGACACAUCCCAGCCCAGCUUCUCUCCAUAGGCUAUGGAGCUGUCCAAUUUUUGUCAUUUGAACUGCUGACUGAGCUGGUGCACAGAGCCAGUGUGCACGAUGCCCGUGACUUCUCGGUGCACUUUGUGUGUGGCGGCCUAUCCGCCUGCGUGGCCACCCUCGCCGUGCAUCCUGUGGACGUCCUGCGCACCCGCUUUGCAGCUCAGGGUGAGCCCAGGGUCUAUAAAUCCCUGCGAGAUGCCGUGGUGACCAUGUACAGGACCGAAGGCCCCUUGGUCUUCUACAAAGGCUUGAACCCCACCUUGCUCGCCAUCUUCCCCUACGCCGGGUUCCAGUUCUCCUUUUACAGCUCCUUGAAGCAUGCGUAUGAGUGGGUCAUCCCAGCCGAAGGAAGGAAAGACGGGAACCUCAAAAACCUGCUUUGUGGCAGUGGAGCUGGAGUCAUCAGUAAGACCCUUACGUAUCCCCUGGACCUCUUCAAGAAACGGCUGCAGGUCGGAGGGUUUGAGCAGGCCCGAGCUGCCUUUGGCCAGGUUCGAAGCUACAAGGGCCUGCUGGACUGUGCCAAGCAGGUGCUGCGAGAGGAAGGCGCGCAGGGCUUCUUCAAGGGCCUGUCGCCCAGCCUGCUGAAGGCUGCCCUCUCCACCGGGUUUGUGUUUUUCUGGUACGAGCUCUUCUGUAACCUCUUCCACCACAUGAGGAAAGCAGACAGCUAGCCUUGAAGGCAGGAAGGGUGGCCUGAGGUCUACGGUGUCGUGUUGCACUGAGAGGUGCUGCCUGUUCCAUUCCUUCAAGCCAGCUGUCUCGAGCUUGAAGAGCUGUUGGGAGCAGGGCAGCAGCUUGAUCCCACCAGCUUGGACGCCACCAGAAUGGCAAGGGGUUCCUCCAAUCAAGAGCACGGGGAGAGCGCAGGACUUGGUCUGUGGGAUCCCAACCAUGCCAGUCGGAGGAGCUUGAGGUUGCUUCUCCUCUGUUUAGCCUACGCUUGCUCUAAAGGAAACAGCUGUCAUCCUGCACAUAUUCACCCCGUCUGCCCAGAGAACACUCCUGGCUCUGGGUGGGGCUGCAGCUUGAGUGUGAGGGCGGGGAUCAGGCCCUUUGCAGGGGUCUGGUCCCCACACUUGGGCUCUUAUUCCCACCAACUUAUUUAAUAGACAUUAAAGCUAAAAGCACAUUCCUUAUCUUACUCCUCCAUCUUGCCUUCCAAAUCCCUCCUCACAUAGUUUGAGGGAAGGGAUCCCUGCCUUCCUCAAAUUCCAUUUUUCUCGGUAGUUGCCUUCCUCAGGCAGCUUUGCUUCUGGUUCUGGGGGAAGAGUCCAAGCUGAACUGGUCACUUUAUAAACACCCUGUGCCCAGAUCUUCGUGUCUGUAAAUGUCCCACUCAGGCUUCUCUCCCCCUGAGGCAGGACUGGUCAUGGCCAUGGGCCUCUAGGGAAAGCAGAUACCAGCAGCCCCGCAAGAAGGGGGGAGAUGCGCUGAUGGGCAAGAGGUGUGGGUAGAGUUAGCAGCCCUUGUCCCCAGUCUACUGGGAUCACUCCUCUUUCACGGGGGCUGGGUUAGCCCUCUUGGGUGGGUGGGAGCUUACAGCUGGGCCAGUUGGCAUCAGCUGUCCGCUCAGGGUGUUCCUCCUCGGCUUAGCAUGGUGCUGUAUGUAUCCUCUGUAACCCGAAAAGGGCCACACUCUGAAGCAGCCCAGUGAAGGGGCUGGUAGAAGGAAGGGGUUGGGCAGACAGCCUGGUGAGGGCACAUUUGGUGCCCUGGGGAGUUGUCAGAGCACAGGAACCCACAACAGAUCUUCAUCUAGGCAUAGAGGGGAAGGGGAGAAGAAAGUCUGCAGAACACAACUACCACCCUUUCCACCCCAGUGCUCCCCACCCCCGAAGGGAGCUUGGUCUUCAGCGUUGGUUCUACAGGGGGAGCCAGGCUGGAGUCCCAUGCAGGACUUCCACUCCACCCCCACCUCUGGACUCUAGCUCCAGCCUUUGCACUGACUCACGAGGAAGGCAGCAGCUGGGAGCAGGCCUUGUGUGGGUGACAUGGCCCUCGCUCCCCAUGGAUUCUGGGCUCCUUCUCCCAAUGUUACUGCCCCAUCUCUGGCCUGGGGGCUUGUGUUAUGUCUGGGACCCUGAAUCCUGAAGCUUCCCUCCUCUUGGCUGCUGAUUAUGAAGGUCCAGGCUGUGGCUGGAGGGCACUCCGACACCCACAGGGUUUGGGGCCCUCAAGGCCUGGGCUUGGGGCUGCUAAGAGGCAGCUGCCUGAAUGUAUUUUUUAUAAAAUUCAAUUGAAGUAAACUUGAUUCUCUUCAUCUCUCCUGCUCAUUGGUUUCUUUUGCUGCAGCUG